AUGGCCGUGCUUCUGUUCCCGCCAUUACCCAGCAGACUGCGAUACUUGAUUCACAGGACAAUAGAAGACAUACCAGAUCUCACCACCUUCUCUGUAGGGGAGAGCUGGUGCCGUAGGGUGGUGGUCUGCCCUUCUGAGCUCAGGGCUGAGUCAGAAGAAGACAGUGAUGUAGAGACCAGCAGCUGCCUUUCUGAAGAGCCCCCUGGCAGCAGGGCGGUGAAGGAACCCAAUGUCAAGGCGAAACCUUCAGCCCUGUCACAAAGCCGAACACCUAAAAGGCCGGACCAGCCCCUGUACCUGCCGCGAGCCGUUCGGAAGAGGCUGUCUCUGCAGGACUCGCAGGGCUCCGCUGCAAACAAAGACAUAAAAAGUUCUGCUCGUUCACAGCUUUGUCCCCAGGAACAGACUCAAAAGUUGGCGCUAGGGCUGGAUGAAAGGGAGACUGUCGUCUGGGACCCGUCUCUGUCGUUCGCAGAGAUGAAGUUGGAGGAAGCAAAGGGAGAAAACUUCAACAAUGUUCAGGCUGAGGAUACAAGCACAGAUACAGACGAUGUAACUGAACAGAUUAAGAUGCAUCUUAAAGAGACAGGCGUCUCUGUUGAGCUUGUUCACAAUGACUACGCAAUCUACGAGAACGUGUUUCUUAACUCGGAUGACUUCAGCCAUGUCAUUGAGAUUUAUGACUUUCCAUCUGUUUUCAAGACUGACGACCUCCUGGAUGCUUUCACAGAAUACAGUGACGGUGGAAUGAAGAUCAAGUGGGUGGACAACACACACGCUCUGGGUGUUUUCUCCUGCCAGGCGGCAGCGCACCACGCCCUCUCCAUCUGCCACCCGCUGCUGAAGACUCGAGCUCUCUCUGAGGGGAGUAAAAAAGCACAGGGCAAGGCGGUCAGAAGGGCAGAAUUUCUCCAGCCGGUGAAGGAGCGUCCCAGGACAGACUGCGUAGUGGCCAAACGGAUGGUGACCAGAGCUUUAGGCAUACAGGGACGAGGCAGACUGUACAGAUAUCCAGCUUAA